CACUGAUAUAAGAAAAACGCAAGAAGGAUUAUAUAGAUGCGAAGUAUAUAAUGGCGUCGGGGAAGUAUUGAGUAAAGAUAUUUCGAUACGCGUGAUAGGAGGCGCUGGAAAGAGAUAUUCUUUGUGUGUGAAAGGCAAAUAGAGUUGUACGGAUGAUCAGAAUCAGCUAAAUAUGCGGUUCUGAGUGGCGAUAAUGGAAAAUAAUUACUGGAAACUGCCUUUACAAUUUUUUUUAACCAAAUGGUUUAUUAUACUUGUGUAUUGCUCAAAAGAUGAACCCCGGAUUCAACCAUUUAGCUUUCCCAACGAAGUAAUUUUGGGACAAAAAGCGAGUGUCGCCUGCACAGCUGUAGCUGGUUCUCCUCCUUUAGAGUUCGUUUGGCAAAAAAAUGGCCGUGAAAUAAAUCCAUCAUCUAAAGUCAUUAUUAGAUCCUUAGGAGAAGUUUCAGUAAUUAUUUUGGAAGCAGUUUCUGUCUCUGAUGUUGGAAAUUAUACUUGUUUGUUGAAAAAUGUAAUAGGUACAGAUAGUUACACAGCAUCACUUUUCGUCAAAGCACCUGCGAAAUGGAUCAAUGAUCUAAGUGACGUCGAACUUGUAAUUGGAAUGAAUAGAAGUAUCGAAUGUCAGGCUUCUGGCUUGCCUUUACCAGUUGUUACGUGGAAGAAAGUUAUAGCCUCUGGAAAAGGCUCCGAAUCUUCAAUAAUAGUUGAGCAUCAGAGAGCAUCUGAAGGAAGAAGUCAACUACUUAUCGAUAAAGCAGAUUAUAAAAAUGUUGGCUAUUAUGUGUGCGAAGCAUCUAAUGGUGUAGGAGAUAAGCUAUCGAGAAGCAUAGCAUUAUUUGUACGUGCGCUUGCUAUUCUAUACUGCAGAGCUGAUUUACAAAAAGAUGAUUUGAAAAUACAGCCUUUCAAUUUCCCCUCUCCAGUCAUAAUUGGUCAAAGAGUGACAACAACAUGUAGUACAACUUGGGGAGAAAAGCUUUUAUUUUCUUGGUACAAAAAUAAAGAAGAAAUUGAAAAUAAAGGACAUAUUCAGAUUCGUUCUUAUGGUGACUUGUCAAAUAUUGUCAUAGAUCCCGUGUCGGAAAAUGACGAUGGCAAUUAUACUUGUGUAGUGAUGUCUGAAGGAUUAACUGACGCUUAUAGUACAAGUCUGAAUAUUUUAGUUCCUCCAAAAUGGAUUCAUAAACCUCAAGAUGCAAAAUUUGUUAUAAACGAACAGGCAAUUCUUCCUUGCCAAGCUUCUGGCAAACCUAGUCCAGCAAUUAGUUGGAUGAAAUCCUGUUAG